AUGCCAAAAGUGAAAUCGGCAAAGAGUUCAAGACAGCAUAAUGAAAUUCAGAAACAGGGUAUUCAGUUCAACAAGACCUUUGGUCAGCACAUUCUCAAGAAUCCCCUUGUUGUGACUUCUAUGAUUGAAAAGGCUGCUCUAAAGCCGAGUGAUGUGGCACUGGAAAUCGGUCCAGGUACUGGUAACAUGACUGUGAAGUUGCUGGAAAAGGUCAAGAAAGUGGUGGCAUGUGAAGUCGACCCUCGGAUGGUGGCCGAGUUGCAGAAGCGAGUUCAGUCAACGCCAUUUCAGGCAAAGCUGACCAUUUUUCAAGGCGAUGUCCUCGAGAGAGAGCUGCCCUUUUUCGACGUCUGCGUCGCCAACAUGCCUUACCAAAUUUCGUCGCCUUUCGUUUUUAAACUCCUCCUGCAUCGAUAA